GAAAUGUUUACUUUCAAAACUGUAUUCGUAUUUUGCGUAUUCUGCAUUCUUGUACAAAUAUGCCGUUCGGCACUGCGAACAUUACAGGUAGAACAGAUCUUUUACAAUAAGUUCGUGUUGGAUAAUCUUCUAACAGAAUACGGCCAUGCAUCGUCUGCUCUAUGUUCUGUUGUUUGUCAACAAGAAAAGUGCGAGUGUUUCGGUUUCAACUCAGCCACUCAAAUGUGUCGAGUCCAUACCUUUUGUAGACCAGCUAAUACAUUGGCUGAAGAAUCGGGAUGGAAAUAUUACAGAUCUCGAUCAGAAUGGAUUACUUUCAUGAAUUCUGAGUACUUGCUGGGAUUAAAAGCACAAACAUGGAAUAAUUCUCAGUUAAAUUGCUCUGUAAAGGGGGCUAAACUUGUUGAAAUAGAAUCGCCUGAAGAAGACACCUAUAUUCGUACCCUUGCAAAUAACUUGACAGAAAGCGUUUGGCUGGGAGGCACCGAUCUGGCUGAAGAGGGAAAAUGGGUGUGGCAGUCCACCAGCACACUGUUCUCAUUCAGUGCCUGGCCUACAAGACAACCGAAUAACCUCGACAACAAUCAGCACUGUCUGAGCCUUUAUCUACCAAACGGCCUAACCUGGAACGAUAGAGAAUGUAGUUUACAGUAUCAAUAUAUCUGCGAAAGAGAGUUAUUUACUUACUGAUAGAAAAGAAAUCAUUUACCAGUUGAUGAUGUUGGUUUUUGAAGGUUGUACCAAAAACAAAAACAAUAAAUUUAUGAGGUACGUCUUAAAAUGUAAUGUUUGGUCAGAAAUAGGUUUCAGAAACCAAAAACUGUGUAUAUUUAUUUUUUUGUUACCAUUUAUAACUAAUGCACAUUUUUAAAGCUUGCUUUAUGGUAUUUAAUAUUGCAUGUGUUUUGAACAUUUAACUAACCGUUUCGUAUUAAAUCAACUCAUGUUUAUCUUGUGAAUAUAUUUCCUUAUAAUGAUAGAAAUAAAAGUAACUAAAUAUCAAAGGAUUUUAGAGCGCUAUUGAUUGUUCUUGAAAUUUUAGCACCAUCAUUGAUCUUGUAAAUUAAAAACAAACUUAAAUGUUUUAUUCUACUGUCUGACAUAUCUAUAUCAAAUCGGAUUGUGACUGGUUUACAAAUUACCGCGUAGCAUUGGACAACUUAAAUUUGUCUUGAUUACUCUGCAUUAAAGCUUGACAUU